GGCAUUAAUAUAAAAAGGCCACACCUAGUUUUUGCCCUACUUCUUAUGAAAAGAAGCACUGCCCUUGCACCUGGUUCCUGCUUCAGAAGAUAUUGACUAACUUCAGUGUACAGUAAACUGAAAGGUUUAUUCGAACUGCAUUCCCCUGCAUCCUGACACAUUCCAGUAUCGGUACAUUCUUCACCUGGACACAUCCGCUUGGAUUUUGCAGGGUUAAAGAUGGCAAGCAGCUUCGCAAGGAUUUUAUCCAGUAACAGGAAGGUUGGCAUCUUGUCCUUGGUGGGUGCUGGCUCCCUGACUGUGGGGUUUUUCAUGAAUAGAGAGCAUGUCAGUGCUGGAUCGCAGGUCCGGAGAAUCUAUCCUGCCAGUGCUGAAUAUCCCGAUUUGCGGAAGCACAAUAAUUGUAUGGCCAGUCACCUGACACCUGCCAUAUAUGCCAAGCUGUGCGACAAAUCCACGCCGAAUGGUUACACUUUGGACGAAGCCAUCCAAACAGGCGUGGACAACCCAGGCCAUCCCUUUAUAAAGACAGUAGGCAUGGUGGCAGGAGAUGAAGAGUCAUAUGAGGUCUUUGCUGACAUCUUUAACCCAGUCAUCAAAGAAAGGCACAAUGGAUAUGACCCCUGCACCAUGAAACACCCCACUGACCUGGAUGCCAGUAAGAUAAAGGGCGGAAUGUUCGAUGAGAAGUACGUGUUAUCAUCUCGAGUCAGGACAGGCAGGAGUAUCCGGGGCUUGAGUUUGCCUCCAGCCUGCACCCGUGCUGAACGCAGAGAGGUGGAGAGAGUCGUGAUCGAUGCCUUGGCUGGACUACGUGGAGAUUUGGCAGGAAAAUACUACAGUCUCUGUCAAAUGACUGACAAGGAGCAGCAACAGCUUAUUGAUGAUCACUUCCUGUUCGAUAAACCCGUGUCGCCCCUUCUGACAUGUGCAGGGAUGGCACGUGAUUGGCCUGACGCAAGAGGCAUCUGGCAUAACAAUGAGAAAACCUUCCUGGUGUGGAUCAACGAGGAAGACCACACCCGUGUGAUUUCUAUGGAGAAGGGGGGCAACAUGAAGAGGGUAUUUGAGCGUUUCUGCAAGGGACUCCAAGAGGUUGAGAGACUGAUUCAGGAGAAAGGUUGGGAAUUCAUGUGGAACGAGCGACUGGGUUACAUCCUCACCUGCCCAUCCAACCUGGGUACAGGGCUUCGAGCUGGUGUCCAUGUGAACCUUCCACGCCUCAGCAAGGAUGCUCGUUUCUCAAAGAUCCUGGAUAGCCUGCGGCUCCAGAAGAGAGGCACUGGAGGAGUGGACACUGCAGCUGUUGGAAGCACUUUUGAUAUUUCUAAUUUGGACAGGCUGGGCCAAUCAGAGGUUCAACUUGUUCAGACUGUUAUUGAUGGAGUGAACUAUCUUAUUGAGUGCGAGAAGAGAUUGGAGAAAGGCCAGGACAUCAAAAUCCCCGCCCCCAUCAGCCAGUUCAAAUAGACUGACUAUAACUCCGCCCCUUCUUCUGGCUCCUCCCCCUAUGUGUGCCCCUAUCCUUUACAGUUUUUCUUGGUCACUUUGAUGCAAAAAAGUUUGCAAUUGCUAAUACAUCUAGUAACUUGUGAACAUCCUAAAUCCGAUUUCUCAUUAUUUUGAAUAAAUUAUUAAGAUGUUUAUUAAUAAAUAUCAACUUUUGAGAGAUGUUAAAAUGUUAUGGAUUAUUUAUAAGAUAAGCAACUGAGAAAAACUGUAAUAUUCCACUAAUAUUGAUCCAUAAAGCAUGCUUUUGUGUGUUACAUCAACCAUACCACACUCCAGUAUAAAACAGGGGUGAAAAUAUCCUACUUCAUGAUUGUGUUAAUGUAGCGCUAUUCAUUUGUCACAUUGUAACUGAUUGUGUUGCAAUAAUAUUAUAGCCAUUGUCAAAAACUGCCUCAGGUGUCACACGGGUAGAUGUUUUUGUGAAGAUGAUGACAAUAUAAAAUGCUUAAUGAAGGAUA